ACUGUUAUAAAGAAAAAAAGAAAGAAAAAACAAGAGGGUCCAUCCCCUACAGGAAAAGUGCUGCUUGUACGACUCGCUGACACACGCGCCCCUUCUCCCUCACUUGUCAUUCAUCCUACACGAUCAUCAUGAUUAUUACAUAAUAAUUGUGUUCCACGGUCUUCAUAUUUUCUUGAACAACCUUUCCCCCAUAAGCAGCAUUCAGAAACUUCCCAGAAAUUCCGAUAUAUAGUCCAAUCAAACCCAAUGAUGUUUUGCUCGGAAACCAACUCAACAUCAUUUCUCACCGGAUUCAACUCUCAGUCGUUGUAGGCUCCGAUCACCCUCUCAGAAUUUUUUUUCUGUAAGCAAGUAUGUCUUCCAACAAGAACAUGGGAAAAACUGUCGGCGCAAAAACGGCAAGAGCAUGUGAUGGCUGCAUAAGAAAUCGAGCGCGUUGGUACUGUGCGGCCGACGACGCGUUCCUAUGCCAAGCUUGUGACUCUUCCGUUCACUCAGCGAACCCAUUAGCGCGUAGACACCACCGCGUUCGCUUGAAAAUCAUUUCGCACAUUAACUCCGGCAAUGACUUAUCUUCUGGAAUGAGUAAUAGUCGUGUUCCAUCGUGGCACAAAGGGUUCACCAAGAAACCCCGAACACCACGUCACGGGAGGCACACUAAUAAGGGUGUCAAGAGCCCCUUCAAUGUGGUACCGGAAGCGUGUCCCCAAGAAACAAUUUGGAAUUCACAUGAAGAGAGCACAGAUCAGCUUCUUUACAGAGUACCCGCAACUCCUUCAUCUGAACAAGGGGUAUCCAUGACCGAUGAGAGGAAAGUUGUUUUUUUAGGAUGUGAAAGCGCUAUUGAGAUUGCGGAGUUUAGUGCCGAUGUUGAGAGUUUGUUGGGGAAGGGACUAGAGAGUGAGUUUGUGGGAAUGGAAGAGUUGGGGCUGGUGGGUGCCAAGGAGGUGGAGGAGCAUGUGAAGGUGGAGGAGGAGGCGCUUGAAUUGGAUAAGAACCAGCAAGUACUCAAAGAAAAUUAUCAGCUGAAGAAGAAGAUACUAUUGUUGCAGUUGGAUUACGAGGCUGUAAUCAGUGCUUGGACGACCCAAAAAUCACCAUGGACAACUGGUGCUAAACCAAACUUGGGCACUCAGCAGUUUUGGCCUCAUUUCAUGGGAACAUGUGGAGUCGAGUUUUGCCAUCUUCGUGGGGAAUUGGGUGAAUUAUCUGGGUGUCAUUCAACAAUGGGAGACGAUGGAAGAGAAGCAAGAGUAUUGAGAUAUAGAGAAAAGCGACGUAAAAGGUUGUUCUCGAAAAAAGUAAGGUAUGAGGUUCGAAAGAUGAAUGCGGAGAAAAGACCCAGAAUGAAAGGGAGGUUUGUAAAGAGAUCUUGCAUAGCGACACCACCCACUGUUCCCUUGUUAAACAGAAAAUAAGAGAGUAUGAAAAAAGGGUGCAUGGACCGUGCCACCUUUACAUUUUUGUUUGAAAUUAAUGUCUUAGUUUCAUCUCUGAAUUCGAAUGUAUAUACAAAUUGAAUAGCAUAAAGUAAUAAAAGGUUAAAAUUACCAUGUUUCGGUAA